UCCUCGGUUCCUUGUGUUGAAAUUUGCAGACAUCGGCCGAUCCGCUAGUAAACACUCAUUGAAAAUUAAUACUUUAUCCGCCAAGAAAUCUAGAAACCCGGGUGCGCAGGGUGUCAGAGUCGAUGAGAAAAGUUCGUUGAAAUUUAUUCAACGAAUUUUUCGCAAGUCUAAAGGGAGCAAUCCCCUGGCGCUAAAGGAAAUAUCAAAAAGUUGCGGGCGAGAGUCCCCCGUGGCGCGCCCGGCUAACAUGAACCACACGCCUGCACCAGACAGGCAACAGCAAGACUCCAAUGUGAACCAGGUCGAGGAGAUGGAAACCCAGGAUGUGGAAACCGUAGACACAGCCACAGACAAAAACUGGGACGAUCUUAUGAAAGGACCUGGUGAUGUUGUGCUGUGUGAUGCUAUCGAUAUGAAGAACGAAGAAGCUACAUCCUCUGACAUACCAUUGACGUGUAUUGACACUGAAAUGGAGGAUGAUGAGGCAAGGUCGGAAGCAAGGUUCCGUUUCACGGUACCAAACUUCCGAAGUCUAAAGGACUCCGUUCUGUCUCCUCCAUGUUACGUCCGUAAUCUUCCCUGGAAAAUCAUGGUGAUGCCACGGCAAGCUCCAUCUCCUGAUCGACAACAACAGAAGUCGCUUGGGUUCUUUCUUCAGUGCAAUGGAGAGAGUGAAUCUUCGAGCUGGUCAUGUUAUGCAAUGGCUGAGCUAAGGCUCAUCUCUCACAAACCUGAUGCAGAACCCUUUUACAGAAAAAUUCAGCAUUUGUUUUACAGCAAAGAAAAUGAUUGGGGUUUCUCUCACUUUAUGAGUUGGAGUGAUGUAUUAGAUCCAAACAAAAAUAACAAGGGACUCAAGAAUCAAGGUGCAACAUGUUACAUGAAUUCUCUUUUACAAACACUUUAUUUUACGAAUCAAUUACGGAAGGCAGUUUAUAAAAUGCCCACAGAAUCUGAUGACAGUACCAGAUCAGUAGCAUUGGCACUGCAAAGAGUAUUUUUUGAACUACAGUUCUCAGACAAACCUGUUGGCACGAAGAAACUAACCAAGAGUUUUGGUUGGGAAACACUUGACUCGUUUAUGCAGCAUGAUGUGCAAGAAUUUUUGAGGGUACUUCUUGAUAAAUUGGAGAGCAAAAUGAAAGGUACAUGUGUAGAAGGCACUGUGCCAAGACUUUUCGAGGGCAAGAUGACUUCAUACAUUAAGUGCAAGAAUGUUAAUGUUUCCAGUACACGUGUCGAGACAUUUUAUGAUAUACAACUUAAUAUAAAGGGAAAGAAAAACAUUGAUGAAUCAUUUAAAGACUAUAUUAGCACUGAGACACUGGACGGUGAGAAUAAGUAUGACGCCGGCGAGCAUGGUCUGCAAGAGGCAGAGAAGGGUGUCAUCUUCGCUUCUUUUCCUCCGGUCCUACACUUGCACCUCAUGAGGUUCCAAUAUGAUCCCAUAACCGAUAGCUCGGUCAAGUUUAACGAUAGGUUCGAAUUUUAUGAGCACAUCAACUUAGAUGCAUACUUGCAAGAAAAACCUGAAACGCCUGCCGAUUAUACACUACACGCUGUUCUGGUUCACUCUGGUGAUAAUCACGGAGGACAUUACGUUGUUUUCAUUAAUCCAAAAGGCGAUGGAAAGUGGUGUAAGUUCGACGACGACGUGGUGUCACGUUGCACCAAGCAGGAGGCGAUCGAGUACAACUACGGAGGCCACGACGAAGAUAUGGCACUCACAGUACGGCACUGCACUAAUGCAUACAUGUUGGUGUAUAUUAGAGAUUCACAAUUAAAAACUGUAUUACAAGAAGUUACACAAGCAGAUAUACCCACGGAACUAAGUGAGAGACUGGCUGAAGAGAAGAGAAUUGAAACAAUACGUCGUAAAGAGCGGAACGAGGCACAUCUGUAUAUGAACGUGAACGUAGUAUUAGAGGAAGCCUUCGACGGCCAUCAAGGCAACGACCUCUAUGACCCGGAACGCGCCCACUACCGCGUAUUCCGCGUCAGAAAGCAAGCUACCGUCGCGGAGCUAAUGGAGAUGUUGGCGGAAAACUUCCGUUACCCUUUGAAACAUCUUCGUCCGUGGCCGUUCAGUGCGCGUUCUAACCAGACAUGUAGACCAACAUGCUUAGACAUUGUCAAUGAUCAACAUAAGACGGUUGCGGACGUAUCAGAAAAUAUGAAUCCCUGGAACAUUUUCCUGGAGAUGCUACCUCCUGACUCGGGUUUGAGCGCACUCCCGAACUUCGAUAAAGAGAAUGAUGUAGUAUUGUUCUUCAAGUUCUAUGAUCCCAAACAAAAGCGCAUACACUACUGCGGUCACCACUACAGGCCUAUCGCAAGCAAGCUAGCUGACCUUAUACCAAUACUCAACAAGCGUGCCGGUUUCCCACCGGACACUCCUCUUGUCUUGUACGAAGAGAUCAAACCAGACUUUGUGGAGAAGAUCAACAAUUACAAUGAUCCUCUUGAAAAGGUAUUGGACGAGCUGAUGGACGGCGAUAUCAUCGUGUUCGAGCGUGCUGAUCACCGGCACGACGACCUGGAACUGCCCACGUGCCAGGACUACUUCAAGUACAUAUUCCACAAGGUGGAAGUGCAGUUUGUGGACAAGACCGUGCCUAAUGAUCCCGGGUUCACGAUGGAGCUGUCAAUGCAAAUGCGGUAUGAUCAGAUGGCGCGGGCGGUCGGACAGCGGCUCAAUGUAGAUCCGUACUUAAUACAAUUCUUCAAAUGUCAAAAUUACAAGGAUACACCUGGAGUACCAUUGAGAUAUUCCUAUGAUGGAAUACUCAAGGAUUUACUUGUUUACUGUAAACCAAAGUGCCCUAAAAAAUUAUUCUAUCAGAUAUUAUCUAUUAAAGUUAAUGAAUUGGACAACAAGAAACAGUUUAAAUGUUUAUGGGUCGGUCCAAAUUACAAAGAAGAUAAAGAAUUAAUUUUAUACCCAAAUAAAGGUGGUAAAGUGGCAGAUAUUUUAGAAGAGGCAGCAAAAGUAGUUGAAUUGUCACCUGAAGGAUCCGGCAGAUUAAGAAUUGUCGAGGUGGCGUGUCAUAAAGUAUUACCCGGACCUGACCUAGAGCUCACGUUGGACCAAGUGACUAUAUCGCCACCAAGAUUGUACAGAAUAGAGGAGAUACCCAGAGAUGAAAUGCACCUGCAGGAUGAUGAGACGUUGGUCCCGUGUGCACAUUUCCACAAGCAGGUGUACUCCACUUUUGGUAUCCCGUUUUAUGCACGCGUCAAACACAACGAGCCCUUCCAAGCGCUCAAGGAUCGCUUGCAAAAGAAACUCGAUAUACCAGAUAAGGAGUGGGAAAAGUACAAUUUUGCUAUAGUGUCAAAUGGCAGACCUAAUUACAUAAGUGAAGGAGUGACAAUAAAUAUUUAUGACUUCAGGCCAAGUAGUAAUGCAAACGCGACGGGCCGGCCCUGGCUCGGCCUUGAGCACAUCAACAAAACGCCGAAGCGGUCCCGCGUCAACUACUUAGAGAAGGCGAUCAAGAUCUACAACUGAGCCAUAUUGUGCGCGCCUUGGUUCGCUUGACGUCACACCGGCCGUGCUGACGGGCGAUUCACACAGACACACACAGACGCGCCGCGUUCCUCCUUGCGGUAGUAACUGCUACGGACAUCCCUAUACCAUUACCAAUCUAAAUCUUCCCAUGAAAUUUACCGAGAACGGCAAUUGAUAUUGACUUCACAUAUCUAAACAAGAUCAACAUAAUUUAAGAUUAGAAACGUCAAAAACCUUCAGCUAUGAGGUCGAUUUGUAUAUUUUCCUAUGUAAACUUGUUUAUGCGCAGGUCAUACGAUAAAAUAACAAUAUUCAAAUUAAUUGAAGACACUGGUAAAUAAUAUUGUACUAUAAGAUACAUUCGUCAUAGUAUUUAUCGGUGGAGGCUUUUAAAAAUAAUUAAAUGUUGUCGUUCACGGUAAUAUGUUUUGUUUUAAUUAAAUAUUUCAUUUCAACUUUCUAUUAUAUUCGUCACGUGCUGUUUUACUAUUGCAUGGAUACGCAAAAUAGCCUUACACAUAUUUAUAAUAAUAAUGUACAUCGCAAACACCAAUGUUUGACUUCCUUACCAAGCUGUUUGAAAUAUAGUGAACCGAACAUAUUACGGACCCGUGUUACGUCAAAUUAUCUCUUGUAGUUCAGAAUAAUAUCUGCUGCUCCUAUUAUGCAGUAUCCCCUAUGAACUGUAAAGAGAAUAUUUGAUAAAAUCGUUACAGCUAGAUGAAUAGAAUUUAGAAAGUUAUAGUUAAAAAAAUACCAUUUGUCUAUGCAUAAGAACAUAACAGGGCUGUGUAUGUGCGAAUCAUUAUCUUCUGAUGGCCAAAUUUUACUAACAACAUUAUAGUGAAUAGUGUCUUAUUCAUAAAAAUUCUUUGUUUAAAAGCUCAAACGUCAAUAUUUUAAAUCACGCAUUAUUCAUAACGAAUAAAACAUCUGUAACCAAAUGUUUCAUGCAGUUAUGUUGAAAUUUUUAUUUGGUUUAACUUAGGCUGCAAAUUAACUAUAAAAUAUUUUAAUAGAGUAAUACUAUUUAUUAUAUUUGGACUUCCUAUAGAUCAGUGUUUCCCAACCUUUUUUGUCACAUUUCAUGA